GCACGGCUGGGAUCGGGUGGGCUGGCAGCGGGAGAGCCCCGGGCAGCCGGAGCCGCUGGGCGGUGGCAGAGCCUCGGCGGGGUCAGGGGAGGGUUGGCCUCGGCGGGCUUCGAGCCAAGCGGUGCUGGUCCCGUGUCUGGAUUAUCGCAUCCAGCCCUCCGCGCCUGGGGAGAGCCUGCGCUCGGCAUUGGCGCUCUGGUUGGCGUCGCCUGGAGCUGGGAGCCAGCGCCGCGGCUCCGUUCUCGCCAGCCCGGCCCGCAGGGGCGGCACUGACCGCCGUGCCCGGCGAGCCUGCAGCCCGCAACCGGGAGAGCGCCGGCAGGGGGCUGGGGACCGGCGGCGGCGCCGCUGCGCACGGAGCGCCUUAAGCGGCAGCUUCGUCCUUCUCCCCCUGCCGUUCCCGGCACAGGCUCCCGGUGGCAAGGCGCAGGGCGCCAGGGCGCGUCCAGCCCCCGCUCCCGGUGGGACGGCGCCGUGCAGCCCAGCGGCAGGCUUGGGAGCGGCUCUCGGUGUUUCGCAGCCGGAGUUUUGCUUCUGCUGCUCGGGAGCAGCCCAAGGCAGAGUUCCUGGGAGAGCCAAAGCCACUGCGCGCUCCAGGUUGUGCCCCACGCCUGGAGCCCAGCCCUGCCUGGGGCUGGCCAUGCCAGGCGGUGCCGGUGCCCUGGCCCAGCUGCCCGCUGCCCGUCCCGCCCGGCGCCAUGGGAGGAUGCUUCUCCAAGCCCAAGCCAGUUGAGGUGAAGAUCGAGGUUGUGCUCCCGGAGAAGGAGAGGGGCAAGGAGGAGCUGUCUGCCAACGGCAGGGCCAGCCCCCUGGUCUACAAGGUGAACGGCACCGCCAGGCACUACCACCUGGAGGAGCAUCCCAUUGCCGGCAACCCCUACCACACCCCCCGGGACGCGGUGGAGGCCUCCGUGUGCCACGUGAAGGACCUGGAGAACGGGCAGAUGCGGGAGGUGGACCUGGGCUGCGGGAAGGCUCUGCUGAUCAAGGAGGGCGGCGACUUCCACGCCGUGGGACACAAAUGCCCCCACUAUGGGGCGCCCCUGGUCAAAGGGGUUUUGUCCAGGGGCAGAGUUCGCUGUCCCUGGCAUGGAGCUUGCUUCAACAUCACCACAGGAGACAUCGAGGACUUCCCUGGCCUGGACAGCCUGCCCAGGUUCCAGGUGAAGAUCGAGAAGGAGAAGGUCUACAUCCGAGCCAGCAAGCAGGCUCUGCAGGCACAGAGGAGGACAAAGAUGAUGGCAAAAUGCAUCUCCUUGAGCAACUACAACCUGAGCAGCACCAAUGUGCUGAUCAUCGGCGCAGGCGCGGCCGGGCUGGUGUGCGCAGAGACGCUGCGGCAGGAGGGCUUCUCGGACAGGAUCGUGAUGUGCACCAUGGACAGACACCUGCCCUACGACCGGCCCAAGCUCAGCAAGUCCAUGGACUCGCACCCGGAGCAGAUCGCUCUGCGCCCCAAGGAGUUCUUCUGCAGCUACGACAUCGAGGUCCUGACUGAGAUGCAGGUGGCAGCUGUGGACAUCAAGAACAAGACAGCUGUGUUCAAGGAUGGAUUUAAGAUGGAGUACAACAAGCUGCUGGUAGCCACUGGAAGCAUGCCCAAAGCUCUCAGCUGCAAAGGGAAGGAGGUGGAAAACGUCUUCAACAUCCGGACACCUGAGGAUGCCAACCGCGUGGUGAAGCUGGCAGCCAGCAAGAACGUGGUCAUCGUGGGGGCAUCCUUCCUGGGCAUGGAGGUCGCUGCCUACCUGUCGGAGAGGGCCCACUCGGUGUCCCUGGUGGAGCUGGAGGAAGUGCCCUUCAGGAGGUCGUUCGGGGAGAGGGUUGGCCGUGCCAUGAUGAAGAUGUUUGAGAGCAACAGGGUGAAGUUCUACAUGCAGACAGAGGUGUCAGAGCUGCGGGAGCAGGAGGGCAAGCUGAAGGAGGUGGUGCUGAAGAGUGGCAAGGUGCUGCGUGCUGACGUCUGCGUCGUCGGCGUGGGUGCAGUGCCUGCAACCAGCUUCCUGAAGCAGAGUGGCAUCAACAUCGACUCCAAAGGCUUCAUCGUGGUCAACAAGAUGAUGCAGACCAACGUCCCUGGAGUCUUCGCCGCCGGCGACGCCGUCACCUUCCCGCUGGCCCUCAGGAACAACAAGAAGGUGAAUGUCCCUCACUGGCAGAUGGCACACAUGCAUGGCCGCGUGGCUGCCCUGAACAUGCUGGCACACGGCGUGGAGCUCAGCACCGUGCCCUACCUCUGGACUGCCAUGUUCGGCAGGAGCAUUCGCUACGCCGGCCACGGGGAAGGCUUUGAUGAUGUUGUCAUCCAGGGGGACUUGGACGAGCUCAAGUUUGUGGCAUUUUACACCAAGAGUGACGAAGUGGUGGCCGUGGCCAGCAUGAACUACGACCCCAUCGUGUCCAAGGUGGCUGAGGUGCUGGCAGCCGGCAGAGCCAUCCGGAAGCGAGACGUGGAGCUGUUUGUCCGUCACGGCAAAACUGGAGACAUGUCCUGGCUCACCGGGAAAGGCUCCUAACUGCGCUGCUGGCCGUGCCCUCCAGAUGCCAGGCAGACGGGAUGGCAGCCCCGCGGGGACGCAGGGGCACUGCAGCUGAGCCCUUUCCCUUUGAGGCCCGGAUGAAGG